CUCGGCUUGGGAGGGACUAAGGGCAGGAACGGGCCGCCAAUUGCGCAGAGGUACGUUGUGGAUGGCGGAGACGCUGAGGCGGGUGCUGGGACGGGGCAGGGCGGCCGAGCCCGUGGAGGAGAGUGCAGCCGAAGCGGAACCGCCUUUGCUGCUACUCGGCGGUCCAGGCUCUGGAAAAACAGCGCUGCUAUUUGCGGCAGCCCUGGAGGCGGCAGGGGACGGCCGAGGCCCCGUCCUCUUCCUGACCCGGAGGCCUCUGCAAAGCCUGCCCAACAGGACGCGGGCAGCGCUCGACCCCCUGCGACUACAGAAGAUCCGUUUCCAGUACCCACCCUCAACGGGGGAGCUCCUCCAGCUCCUGUGCUCUGCCCAUGAGGCCCGGGGGCCAACUCCCGCCCUUCUGCUGCUUGAUGGCCUGGAGGAGUACUUAGCUGAAGAUCUGGGGCACCAGGAAGCCGCCUACCUGGCUGCCCUGCUUCUGGACACAGCUGCCCACUUCAGCCACCGUGUUGGGCCUGGCCGAGGCUGUGGGCUCAUUGUAGCUCUCCAGACCCCGGAGGAGGGAGACAGUGGGGAUGCCCUGCAGCUCUCGCUGCUCCAGAGGUAUUUCCCUGCCCAGUGCUGGCUGCAUCUGGAAGCACCAGGCCCAGGACAGCGCUGCUUCAGAGCCUGCCUGGAGCCAGGUGGGCUGGGCCCCAGGGCAGAGUGGUCGGUGGCUUUCCAACCAGAUGGAGAGAUGACAGUCACCCCAUGGCCUACACAGGCUUGUGACCCUAGCUCAAACAAGGGUUCAAGUUCUGGAGGCCACCCUUGA